GACAACUUUUGCGAACGUCGGACGGCCGUUCCAUCUCGACCUCCCCAAUUGCCUGCCCGCCAUCGACAAUUCCCCUCCCUUCUCACGAUGCCGCGCACUCUAGGGCGGCUGCGGUUCAGGGCCCCUAAACCGCAGAAGCAAGUGAACGUGGCACACGCCCUUGCCUCCCGCCGCAACCGCUCCCAACUCCUCGCCGAAGAACUCACCAAGCAUGUCCACCAACUCUCCAACCCCGGGACCCCCCUCACCGUGCGUACCGUCGUCGACCCAGGAUGGAAAAAGCCAAUUGGGAAGAGGCCGGGGGUAAAGCUGCCCACCAAGCCUCUGUCGCUGGGAGACAUUGUAGAUCCCGAGGGCAAGGCCGCGCAUGGCAGCAUCAUAUACGUCUUCCGUAACGCCAAGACCCACCAGGUCAUUUAUUCGUUAUCCGAAAUGCUGGAUCACUACCACCUCGACCAACUUCCUUUCAUGGGCAGGAAAUCCAAACCCGCAGUGCUCCGCCCAGACGAGUGGGUGCCUUACUUCGUAGCCACCUUCCCUUCCCCCGAACAGGGUCAUCAGGCUUUUCGCAAGCUGCGUGAAUACCGGAAACUUCACGAGACAGCCUGGCACAAAACUAACCCGAGCUGGCUCAAGCUGCCGCGCGACCAGCGUAUGAGAAAAAUCAUGAACCAAGAAGCCAACAGCGUAGCCGAUCUCGCUGCUGUAUUUAGACACCAGGCAACUCAGGCGCGUUUGAUGAGGACGACUCUUCGAGUUCAGGAAGAGAAGACGACCGGCAUAUUGCAGCAUAAAUGGGACCAGAUUAAAGAGCUGGCCACCCUCUCAACAGCGCAAAACAAGAGAGACGGCGAUGACAUCAAGUGGCUCACAACACAAAUCAAUAACCUGACCUGGCAGAUGGGUCUCAAACAUAACCAAGACGAAGGCAAUCAACGUCGCCUCCAAACUGCGAAGGCUAGCCACGAAAAUCGCAUUCGCAACAUCGAAUAUGCGCAGCGCAAAGCCAAACAACUCGCCGAACUCGAAUCAAAGCUUACCGAACAAGCCACCCUCGCCAACGAAGCCGGCUCCGAACAACGCUUAUCCACUGUGGAACAAGAGAUGGACGAACUCAGAACCGAAAUAGCGGACCCUGAAAUCACUACCGAGCAGCGUGAGCAUAAUCGCAAAAUACUCGCCGAAUACCGCAGCGAGUUCAAGAGGUUAGCCGCGUCGUUUGAAGCAAAGAAUGCCCUUGAAAACCGCACGCACUACAUACAUCGUACCAUUCUGCCCAAGGAUCUCAAAGAGCAACCUCCGCAGCCCUUCAGUCUCCAUGGUGUAUCAGUGCAAUGGGCUGACUUGCGCGACCUCGAGUACGUCCACUCUUGGCCACGCCCCGUCCUGAUGGACACUCUCCCCGUCAACGGCGUGAGGCAAAGCGUAGCACUCUUGAACCGCACCGAGUUCGAUGCUGCCGUAUACGACGAAGUCGAGAACCUGAUGGGUGACCUCGGGUACAGCAGGGAGCGAGUUUUAAAAUCCAGGAAGGUUUCCCGGGCGACGAAUCAGAAGACGGGCGUGAUGGGCAUGGUAUCGAAGUUGAAUCCGUUUGCGAAGAAGCAAGCUGAAGCCACGGCUUGA